AUGGUGACUACCCGUUCCUCUGCUGCAGCCUCCAAUGCACCACCACCAUCUGAUCUAGCCGAAUUCAUGAAGCAAAUGUCUGAAUCCAUGAAGGCUCUAAAAAAGCAGAAUGAAGACCUGGCUGUAAGGCUCACAGCCGCUGAGGGCCGUAAUAGCCAGAGGGACCAAGAGCGAGCAAGAAGGCGCGAAGAACGGCGUGAGAGGGAAAGACGAAGGGAAAUUCGUGAUGGGAAGCGAACUGCAGGUUCACAUUGCGAUGAGGAAGCAAGUUCAGUCCAAGCUAGCCAUCAUACUACUGUCCAGAAUGAGGAACAUCGUGAGCAGCAGAACCCAGAGAGGUCUCAGCAUACUAGGCCUCGAAGGGAGCAAUUUCAGGGGCGAAAUGAGACCCAGAUGAGUGCUGACAUGGAAGACCUCAAAAAGAAGUAUGAAGAGCUAACUCGCAAGUUGGCUGCAAAGGAUGAAAAAACCCCUGUUGCGGGGUUUAUGGAUAACACCGACCUGCCUUUCAUUGAUCGAGUGUUAAAUUUCCCUUUACCUGAAAACUUCAAGAUGCCUCGCGUUAAGGAGUUUAAUGGUAGUGGCGACCCUUCUGAACAUAUGGAAAGCGACUGGUUUGCCAGAUUGCCUGCCAAGUCAAUAGACAGUUUCAAAGAACUUGGAAGUCUCUUUUUAAGCCAAUUCCUGGCUACCAAGAAGAGGAGGAAGCACUCGGCUUGCUUACUGUCAUUGCGUCAAGGGAAGGAAGAAAGCCUGAAAGAUUUCAUGCAUAGGUUCAAUAAAGAAAAAUUUUUAACGCCAGAAGACAAGGAGAAGGAGGACGCCAAGAAGGAAGAGGAUGCCAAAAAGGAGCCACUUAUAGCAUUUGCUCCAAAGGAAGGAAUGUUUCAGAAGAGAAUAGUAAAAAAGGCUGUACCAUCAGUCCCAAAGACAGAACCCCGGCGGCGUGAAGAUCGAAGGUUCACACCUUUGAAUACCAGGGUCAACGACGUGUUUAUGGAGAUCAGAAGAGACCCAGCUUUCAGGUGGCCGAAUAAGUUGCGAGGUGAUCCGAGGAAGCGGGACCGGACAAAGUUCUGCGAGUACCAUAAUGAUCACGGGCAUUUGACGGAAGACUGUAUAACCUUACGACUGGAAAUCGAACCUUUCAUUAGAAAUGGAAGGCUGGUAAGAUUCCUUGCAGGAGAAAGGAGCCGAGACGCGGUACACCAGCAGCCCCUUCUGUUAGAUGCAAACCGAGCUGAAGGUGGACGAGAGCCGAGACGUGAUCGGGAUGAUGGUCCUAGAGAAGAUCCGAGAGCCCCUCAGGAUCAAGGAGUAGUAGGCGAGAUCCACACCAUCGCUGGAGGAAUAGCUGGUGGAGGACAGUCUAAUUCGGCCAGGAAAGCCCACGCUAGGAAGACACAGGCCGAGGAAGUCUUUAUAGUACAGAGACCGUCCAAAGUCGCAAGAAAGGAUUCAAUGACCCUUUUUUUCUCUGAAGAAGAUGCUAGGGGGGUAAUCCAGCCGCAUGAUUAUCCACUAGUUGUAACAGUAACAGUGGCCAAUCAUAUGAUCCACAGAAUUUUGGUGGACAAUGGAAGCUCGGCCAAUGUGCUGUACUGGCCAGUUUUUAAGCAAAUGGGUAUCAAUCGUGAUAGGAUCACACCAUUUAGCUCUCCCCUGGUUGGAUUUGCAGGAGAGCAGGUCUAG